GCAAUUCACGUGGUUAGACCGACCCUACCUUAGGUUCCAGUCUUUUCUUUUAGAUUAGCAAGGUCUUUUAGACUAGAAUGAUUUCUCAGUGAGAUGGGAGGGAGGAUGUUGAGGUGAGCGCAGCUUGCAACCAGUUUGUCGGGAGCUCCUCCUCAAUCGUCGGAUAGGGUAUUAACAUCACAUUUGCUCAAUGAGAGCAAGGGAACACAAGAGACGGAACCGAAUUUCGACCUGGUGUGUUACGGUUGCCGUUCUAUUUACCUCUAUAUAAGAGGCUAAUAUGAAGACAUCGUUUGGCAAGCCACACGCUGGAAAGCUUCAGGAAUACUCCCAUGUUGUUUGAAGCCCACGGCAGCACCAUGCGUUGUGUCUGCUAACAAAAACUAGCUCAACCUCUUUCCAGCCAACCAUUGAGAGUAUAGAAACACACUCAGCACAUCACAGUGAUGGGUUUGGACCAACCCUGCUUGGAUAUGGUGGUGCAAAGGCCCUUUCUGGAUGCAACGUGUAAGAGGCACCGCCACCAGAACCUGCUUAGAAAGCUGAGGCCCAUACGAAUCCUGGGUUUUGUGUUCAGCCUGGUAGCCAUAAGCGCUAUCUCCUUUUCCUUCAGCGCCUUGACAUGGAGCUCAGGGAGCCACCCGGAGCUGCUCCUGCCUCAAGAGGCCCUCCUUCAGUCUGGUCCUGCUCCCCACAGGACUCUACUUUCCACUCAGCACCAGAGGGAUCCCAAUGUCUCAGCCAACAUGCCCGUGGCCAUGAGGUCUUCGGCAGACGGCAACGAGAGCCAGGGGGACUAUCCCACGGACCUGUUCACCCUGGAAGAGAGGCGCCAGGGUGCUGUGGUGCUCCACAUGUUUGGGAUGCUGUACAUGUUCAUCUCUUUAGCCAUUGUGUGUGAUGAAUUCUUCGUGCCCGCUCUGACAGUCAUCACAGAGAAGCUGGCCAUCUCUGAUGACGUGGCGGGGGCCACCUUCAUGGCGGCAGGCGGGUCGGCGCCCGAGCUUUUCACUUCUGUCAUCGGCGUAUUCAUCUCGCACAGCAAUGUGGGCAUCGGAACCAUUGUGGGCUCAGCUGUCUUCAACAUUCUCUUCGUCAUUGGAAUGUGUGCCAUCUUCUCCAGGGAGAUCCUCAACCUCACCUGGUGGCCCCUCUUCCGUGACGUCUCUUUCUACAUCAUGGACCUGAUCAUGCUCAUAUGUUUCUUCCUGGAUAACUACAUCUCCUACUGGGAAAGUAUUACUCUGCUCUCAGCCUAUGCCACCUAUGUGAUCUUUAUGAAGUUCAACAGCAAUGUUGAGGGCUUUGUGAAAGGCUGCAUGAACAAGAAUCAAGUGGUGGAGGUGGAGGUUCAGCCGAAGGCUGUGAGUCCCGGGGCACCAGAGGAUGAGAGCAAGCUGUCGGCUAGGCCACGUCUCCAGAGAGGUGGCAGCUCAGCCUCCCUGCACAACAGCCUGAUGAGAAACAGCAUUUUUCAGCUUAUGAUCCACACACUGGACCCGCUCAGUGAAGAAUUUGCUGAUUCUGAACUUGGGACUUAUGGAAAACUAAAAUAUUAUCACACAAUGACCGAGGAAGGGAAAUUCAGAGAGAAGGCAUCCAUCCUUCACAAGAUUGCCAAAAAGAAAUGCCAAGUAGAGGACAGCGAGAAAGCCAACGGAGUAGCCAGCCGGUCAGAUAAGAAUCUUCCAAACAGCUCGAAUGUCGAGGUGGAAGUCACACCACCAAUGAAUGGCUCUGCUGGACAAGAAGGUGAAGCUGCGGCUGAGGAUGAGGAGGAUGAGGACCAGCCUCUGAGCCUGUCCUGGCCAGACACCAUGCGCAAGCGUUUCACCUACCUCUUAAUCAUGCCCAUCAUCUUCCCUCUGUGGCUAACACUGCCCGAUGUCAGGAAACCAACUGCAAAGAAGUUCUUUCCCAUCUCAUUUCUGGGUUCUAUCUGUUGGAUUGCUGGAUUCUCCUACUUAAUGGUGUGGUGGGCUCACCAGGUUGGAGAGACCAUUGGGAUUACAGAAGAGAUCAUGGGCUUGACUAUAUUAGCAGCUGGUACCUCCAUUCCUGACCUAAUCACCAGUGUCAUUGUUGCAAGGAAGGGGCUGGGGGACAUGGCUGUGUCCAGCUCUGUGGGCUCCAACAUCUUUGACAUCACUGUUGGCCUGCCGUUCCCAUGGCUACUCUGGUCCAUCAUCAACAACAUGCAGCCUGUGGCGGUGAGUUCUAACGGGCUGUUCUGCGCCAUCGUGCUGCUGUUCCUCAUGCUCAUCUUUGUCAUUAUCUCAAUUGCUGCCUGCAAGUGGCGGAUGAGCAAGCUGCUGGGCUUCAUCAUGUUCGUGCUCUACUUAGUGUUCCUGGUGGUCAGCGUUAUGCUGGAAGACAAGAUCAUCGCCUGCCCUAUAUCCGUUUGAAAAUCCUCUCCCUCCACUCCUGCCAGAAAUCAUUCACCACUAACACAAGAUUCAAGAAGCAUGGGAUGGGAUGGAGGAAAGACUCCUACAAGAAUGAGGCCGCAAGAUAUGGCUCGGCUGAUUCAUUGGUUGGAAGUAGAUAAUUAUUAUUAUUUUAUUUAUUUGUGUGCGUGUAGAUGGCUGGGGGUUUACAUUUUUGGGGGGAUGGUGGGUGGUGUAUUAGCCAGGUAGAGGAACAACUAUGCCAUCUUAUGCAUGUCACCUGUUUUACUAGAUCAGUUGAUUCUGGACUACUCCUAGCAGAUUGAGGAUUCGGACCUCCAGUGGACUUUGAGGUCAGGAAGUACACAAGAGACUUCUGACAAAGCUGGCUGAGCUUGGCACAAAAGUCCAGUGUUGCCACAAUAUUGUUCUCAGCUUCAGGGUUGAUUGUAAAAAAAACUUUUCAAAUAACACUUUGGAUGACCCUCUAACUGACUUCACUGACUGACUAGAUGACUUCACUCGACUUGUCACUCCAGUGUGUGUUGUUCUAGUGAGUUUGAUGAUGAGCAACCCUUGGAUGAAGGGAUGUUGCUGAUGCUCCACACAAAGCAUCGGUUUGACGUAAGACUAAAAUAUGGUUUUGAGCCAUUAACUUCUCCUCUCUUGUGUACUUAGUGACCAAGCAUCAAAAGAUGAAACAGUCCAAGCAGUUUUGCAUGCAGAGCUGGAGAUAGGAACAGAUUCUUCCUAAUUCAUCUUGUGUUCUGUCCAAAAGCUCAAACUUUACAUCCCUUCUUCCAGAUGUCAUUGCUCACCAUGUCUCUUUGAUUGACACACUAGCUAUAAUUACUGAAAUAGUAGUAGCGUCAGUUGUACUGUCGCAGUAAUAUGUUCCGUAGGUGUUGGAUUUGGAGUCUUCCUGGGUCUGGAUAGGCCUACUGAUUAUCUUAUCCACUUCUCCACCCGCCAUUGGACAUAAGAGUUCAUAUUGUACAGAGCUUGCCAUGCUUCACACGCCAAUUGGUAAGGUAAACUCUACUGGAAAAUGUUAACUUGGAACCCAAUUCAAUCAAUUUGCAGAAAAGGAAAAACCGCACCACGAUUGACCCAAUGUUUACUCUGCAAAGGACAGAUGUGGUCACAUCAAUAUCCAAUGACUACGGACCUUAUUCAGAGUUGAGAUAAGCGAAUGCAACUGAUACUUUUGCAUGAAUCAUUCAUUCAGAUCUCAAUUUAGAAUAACGCCAACAGUCUGCAAGAAGAAGAGUUUCUGAGUGAAACCACAGGGUCGUUUUCCUUUAUCUGCACAUGAUUGAAUCAGCCUUAAUUGUAGCAUCUCAGAAUAUAUAAUAGCUUACAAUGUUAUUCAUUCUGAAUAAGCAAAGCAUGUGUAAACUCAGAUAGGACACUCAUAACCAUUAUGUCUAUGUCAAAAUAAGGUAGUAGAUAAAAGAACUGGCACUCAAUGUGUGAAAGAAUCAUACAAUGAUCUAUUUAGAUUAGUGAAUGUUUAGCACACUCUUGAAAUUAAGACUUGAAUAUUCAGGCUCCUAGAGAAGUUUAUAGUAGGAGGGAAAUGCAUGAUAAAAAAAUAUCAGGCUGAAUUGUGUUAUACCUGUAAGAAAUUUAUCUCAAAAAAAUAAUGAAUUCUCAAAUAUUUAACAUUUCGCUAUUUCUUUGACACAAUAGUAUUAGGCUUCUAUGUACAAAAUGUCAACAAAUAUGUGUGGUUAAUAUCUAUCAACCUUGUGCAAUUUAUUUUCAAUUGAAAGGUGUUUUUGUCUGCAUAAAUGCAGUCUGUAUACUCUCUGUAUACAGUAAUAGCAAAUCAAUUGAGGUUAUAUUACCAGUAUUUUGCAGCAAACUGAAACAUGCACACAGAAUUAUUGAAUUAUGUAUUAAGUUAGCAAUUCUCAUGCAGUCAUUUUCACAGUCACCCACGCUGUACUUCGAGUUAGUGUUCCUUCUUUUUAUUACCAUUUAACCAUCGAGUGACUUUUACGAAGAUGUAUCAAUCAACAGUAGUGAGCAUGAUCCUCACACAAAAAUCUGCAAAAAGCCAUUUUUGUUGUGUUUAUAGAACAAAGUGAUUAGAUAACUCAACAUAUAACAGCAUUACCUUAUGUCUUUGGUUUUGAAUUCAAAUUCACUCCACUCAGAGGUAAAAGCCAAUUCUGGCAAAGAGCCUCCUCACAAGAAACAGUAAACUUCUAGGAACAUGGACAUCACAAAACCAACAGCAAUAUACUGUAUGUACUGUAUGUGUCAGGGUUAGGAUCAAUUAUUUUAUAUAUAUAUAUAUAUAUAUAUAUUUUAAUGAAAUUCCUCUUUUCUAAGUAUUUAUUUAAGCUUUAUUUACAUGGUGAAGAAUUAGAUGGGGAAGACAGGCAAGGAAGAGAUAAAGUCUGCAUGGGUGCGGCAGGGAUUAAAUCCACGACUGUCAGCACGUGUGCUUUCUGCUGGGAGUUUUAUCAUUGGACCACAGUGUCCAAUUAAAUUGUAAAAUUGUAUUGGCCACACCCCACAGGAAGCAGAAUUUGAAUUGAAUAAAUGAAAUAAAUGAAAUAUAAUUUAAUUCUAUAAAAUUGAAAUGGAUAAUCUAUUGUACACAUCCCUAUAAAAUAUAUUUAUUUUGACAUGGUUACCAAUACCUUUUCAAAUAAGCUUGAUUACAACUCAUAGUUCUCAAACAGUAGUAUUUUUUUAUUUUUGUCAAGAGAUGUUAACACUUUUUAUGUUCACUGACAUUCUGGAGUAUUUUAACUAAUGCAUUCUGGAAAAAGUUUUUUCUUUCUGAUAUUUAACAUAAAUUAAUUAUGAAUUACUAUAGACAACCUGACAUAUGAUUAAAAUAUUUUAAUUGUUUAACUUUUACUAUUUUGUAGGUUGUCUAUAGUAAUUCAUCAUUAUUUUACAUGUUAAAUAUCAGGGGGAAAAAAUCAUUUUCCAGAAUGCAUUAGUUCAAAUACUCCAGAAUGUCAGUGAACUACAAAGUGUUAACAUUUUUCCAAAAAUACAACAAUAAUACUGUUUGAGAACUUUUCUGUUGUAAUCAAGCUUAUUUGAAAAUGUAUCUGUAUCCUUUGCUGUAAUAAGUGGCAGAUGAUUUUGGUAAAAUAUUUGUCAAAGAAAUUAGACUUCAAUGUUUCAUCGCAGUUGAAUUUCUUUGAAUUGCUUUGAAUUAAAUUCUACUUCCUGCGAGGUGUGUCCAAUUCAAAUUCGAAUUUCAAUUCAUGGGUUGAAUUGAAUUAAAUGCAAAUAUUCUGAAUCGACCCCAACCCUGGUAUGUGUCAUUGAGAAUUGCAUUUCCAUGCAUUUGACUUGAUGAACUUGUUUGUCGUGACCUCACUAACCUACCCUUAUGGAAACUAUUUCUCCUGAAAUCCUCCAAAAUCUCCACAUGACUUACUUUCAGAUAUCUAAACUGUCCAAACACACCUGCAUUUUCUCAGUUCAGUCUCUGUAUCUUUGCAAGAAUAUAGUGGAAAAUAUGAAUGACUAAAUAAUGUGAAUGUAUGAGGAAAAUGCAUCUGAGGAAUUUGGGCUGGUUACCCAUGGGUGGCACAGAUGAAAUGGAAUUAUGUAUGUUAAACUUAUGCAUAACUCAAAAAGAAUAGGGGUACUCUUUUCUUUUGUAAAUAGAAAAUACAUGUUUUUAUAAGAUUCCUCACUAGAACCAAUCUAGAACAAAACUCCUUGGUCCAUGUUUAUAUUGAUUAACAAUUUAAUUUAAAUAAUGUUUCAAUGGUAGGAAAGCAUAUAUCUUUCAGAAUAUUGAUAUAGUAAGCUUAUAUACACUACCGUUUAAAAGUUUGGGGUCACUUAGAAAUGUCCUUGUUUUCCAUGAAAGCAUACAUGAAAUGAGUUGUAAAAUGAAUAGGCAAUAUAGUUAAGCCGUUGAUAAGGUUAUAAACAAUGUUUUUUAAUUGAAAUAAUAAUUGUGUCCUUCAAACUUUGCUUUCGUCAAAGAAUCCUCAAUUUGCAGCAAUUACAGCCUUGCAGACCUUUGGCAUUCUAGUUGUCAAUUUGUUGAGAUAAUCUGAAGAGAUUUCACCCCAUGCUUCCUGAAGCACCUCCCACAAGAUGGAAUGGCUUGAUGGGCACUUCUUACGUACCAUACGGUCAAGCUGCUCCCAUAACAGCUCAAUAGGUUUGAGAUCCAGUGACUGUGCUGGCCACUCCAUUAUAGACAGAAUACCAGCUGACUAAUUCUUCCCUAAAUAGUUCUUGCAUAGUUUGGAGCUGUGCUUUGGGACAUUGUCCUGUUGUAGGAGGAAAUUGGCUCCAAUUAAGCACCGUCUACAGGGUAUGGCAUGGCAUUGCAAAAUGGAGUGAUAGCCAUCCUUCUUCAAUAUCCCUUUUACCAUGUACAAAUCUCCCACUUUACCGCCACCAAAGCACCCCAAGACCAUCACAUUGCCUCCACCAUGCUUAACAGGUGGUGUCAAGUGCUCCUCCAGCAUCUUAAAAAAAGAUAUUCCAGAUAUUCCAUUAAAGAUAUUCCAUAAAAAAAUCUGCCAUUUCCAGCUACAAUAGUCAUUUACAACUAAAACAAUGUCCACACUGUAUUUCUGAUCAAUUUUAUGUUAUUUUAAUGGACAAAUAAUUUGCUUUUGUUUCAAAAACAAGGAAAUGUCUAAGUGACCCCAAACGUUUGAAUGGUAGUGUAUAUUACCAUACUAUUUCAAAAAAACUAUCAAAUAUGAAGUCAACCUUAUACACUUCAAGGAUUGACUAUUAUAAUGCUGGAUUGGUUUUCUGGAGACUUCCCCUGUGUGUUUGCCCCAUUUAUGCAUUGUUUGCUGGUAUAAAAGAUGAGGGCUUUAGAUACCACAUUGCCUCCUGAUAGUCUACAAGUAUGCUACUUAUUUAUUUGUUUAUUACCACACCUGUCUUUAAAGUGUAGGCGCCAAAGUCAAGGGGCAGAUUGGGCUAUCACUCCCAAUGGACCAUUUUCUCUCCCAUGCACGCAGGCGCACACAUGAAAUCACAAGUUGGAAAGCCAAUAUAUACAUCUUAAGCACACCCUCAUUCACAUUCAGAUAAUAAGAUAAUAUGUUUUCCACACACACUUUUUUUCUCAUCUUCGCUAAACAGUGCCCAUUGCCUUAUCCUGUAGUACGAUCCAGAGAAAAGGAGAACUGCGUCUGUGUGGCUAGAAUACAGUACACGAGUCAGGCAUAUUCUGUCAUUGAGGCCCUCCUACCCACACUCUCAUUAGUCUUGCCUCACCUCACCACUUGUUCUUACCCUUUUUUUCUUAGGUGGGGGUCAAUUGCUUGAGUUCACACUUCCCCAACCUUAGCGAAACUGCCAUUCCAUGUUACGCUUUUCAUUCAUCCUCACUUCUCCAGCUUCCCUUAUGUCUGCUGUCAAAGGUGCUGUAUGCAUAAAGUAUUCUGAAAGGCUCCUGUCAAAGAAUCUUGUAUGAGCAAAGACAAAGUUGUAUGGAAUAUUUGUGUACAAGCAUGAAUGAUAAGCUAAAAAUGCAAAAACAAUCGGUUUAGCAUGUGAAACACAUUGAGUGCAGAUUAUAGGGUAUAAGUCGACCACUAAUACACAUUUUUGCACUGUAAAUGUACAUGUUUUUAUUUGAUUGGUGUUAAUGUAAGAUUUAUUUAUUUAAGGUGUACAUAAUAUACAGACAAAUUAACUAUAUAAUCUAUAUGUGUAAAAUAACUAUGUAAAACUCUACUGUAAAACACAAAGUAUCUAUUACAAUGAAUAAAGGUAACAAAGAAAUGA